AUGGGUUUUAAAACUGUGCCGACAACAACACCGGAAACAGCUCUGAAAGAGCCAAAAACAAGUAAAGGAAUCAGGAAUCAAUUCUGGUCAACAGGUUUUGCUAAAAGCGAUGAACAAACACCAAAACGACCUGAAACAACUGUAAACAAGCAGUUUCUACCAAAGAAAAAGCACGGAAUUAGUGAGGCUUGGUCAAAACAAAUGCAAGAAAGUCGUGAAGAUCUGAAACAACCUUUUCCGUACACGCCAUUCAAAUCAGGCUCAGUAAGUAAAAAAACAUCAGCAAAUAUAUUGCGUGAUGCAACCUUGAGCAUGCGUUUGAAUCAGGAUUUUUCGCAAAUUUAUGGUACUGAACAGCAAACAGGACAUCCACGGACGAUAUCUAGUAUUCAAGGGACAAUGAGAACACAUCAUACUAACGGCUUAUACAGUACCAGUGCAAUACCACGCCCGGAGCCGAAAGGAAUUUGGAGAGGGUCACAAUCCGGAAUAAUCCCACCACCACCAGGAUCAUACCGUCCAGCUAGUGCGAUGAAUAUGCCUGUCUUAUCUCGACCACCUUCAAGAGCAAACAGCGACUUAGGAAUAGGUACCAUUGCUUUUUGCGAUAAUAUCGGUACUGGACCAUCGAGAUAUCAGAGCUAUUGUACACUUCCUCGGCCGGAACAAAUCGAUUUCGACCAGCAUUCAAACUAUGGCAAUGAAAUUAGUCACAUGGCUAAACAAAUCAAUCAGCUAUAUGGCCCCUACAAUACACAUGUUCAACCAUCAAUUAGUCCUAAUCCAAUGAGCAAGCAGGGUAUAUUACCAAAUAGUCGACCGGCAUCUUCGAUGCUUAUUGGAGCUCCAGGAAUGGCCAGUGAUUAUCUCACCAGGCGACAGUCUUUAUAUGGGCCUGCCGAAUCCAAUGUUAUCCCGCAAAUAUCUGACGAAGAUAUUUUAAAGCCUGCGAAAGAAAUAGUCCACUUCGAUGCACUUUCCGUGCUUUCUGUUCUUCAGGUUCUUUGUUCAUUAGUAAUCUUUGGUUGUGGAGUUUUGCGGAUAAUCUGGAAUUCAAAAUGGGCACUAGGUAUCGAACUUCUUCUUGCUGCACUCGUUUUCUCAGCUGGUGUUACCGGAGUUUGUGCUAGCAGUCGAAGGUCUUAUAGCGCAGCAGCAGCAACAUUCAUCUUAUCUGUGCUGAAUUGUAUUCUCUCGCUUAUACCUUUUAUACUGGGUACGCUUCCGGUUAUGGCAAAUGCAUUUCCUAGAUCGAAUCAGGAAUGGCUAUUUGACAUGCAUGAAUCAUUGGCUAUCGACUAUUUAUUAAGUUUCACUUGUUUUGCCGAGUUAGUGAUAGCAAUGAUAACGUCAAUCUAUGGGUGCAAGGCAUUGGGUUUAACGAUGAGGCUUGUUGAGAAGCUUCGCUUCAGUGCUGAUCUGAAUACUGUCUUCGAAGAUUUAUCUCCUGCAAUACAAAAAGGAAUGGAAGAAGUGGACAACAAGGAAGCAGUGUGA